AGUGUUACACGAUUCGAAAAUUGUGCAUACUUUGGUCUUCUUUUCUGUCAGAAUUCUUGAACUACAAAACCCAUAAUUCUCUAUUUUGGGAGUUCUACCUUGCUUACAGAUAUCUAAAUAUGGCUCAUCUGGGAGGAUGGCUCAUGUGGAAUGGUCUGAGGCCGAUCGAGGGCCUUUUCUCUUGAUGUUGCAGUGUUUGACUGACACAGAGCGACACUAGAGCACCCCCACCUGUCUUUUCAACCUUAUUAGGUGGCUGGGCUUGAGCAUCCCUGAUUUCCUCCCUCUUCUCCCCAGGGCAGGCUCUCCAAGGGACAAUGGCUGGGCCGGCCACACCAUCCUCCCCCGACAGCCAAAACACCAUCUGGAGCUCCACGACUUUGAGUCACACCGACAAGGACCUUGAGGAGGACGAAGAGAAAAUCUGUGCCGUGUGCGGAGACCGGGCCACCGGCUACCACUUCCACGCCAUGACCUGUGAAGGCUGCAAGGGCUUCUUCCGGCGGACCGUCCUGAAGGGCACCCAGUUCACCUGCCCUUUCGCCCGCAGCUGCACCAUCACCAAAGCCAAACGCCGGCAGUGCCAGGCCUGUCGGUACCAAAAAUGCCUGGCCGUGGGCAUGAAGAAAGACAUGAUCAUGUCCGAGGAGGCGCUGUGCGCGCGCCGGGAGCUGCGGCGUCAAAAGCAGCACGGCGAGCCGAAUCCUCCGGCACAGCAGACCGAAAAGGGCAGCCUCACGGCGGAUCAACAGGAGUUGAUCGAGAUCCUCUCCGAAGCCUACAAGAAAAACGUGGACUCCAGCUUCUCCCCGUUCACAUAUUACCAAACUCAGGUCCGCUUAUCCGUCCACAGCCCCCAGGAAGCCCGUUUCCCCCCACUAUUUCCCCUCAGUUCUCAAGAACCCAUGGAGAGCUAUCCGGACGACGUCCUGCCCGAUGUCUUCUCCAUGUUGCCAUUGUUCGCCGAUCUCACCACCUUCAUGAUCCAGCAAGUGAUUCAGUUUGCAAAGGCCAUCCCGUAUUUUAGAAAUUUGCCUGUCGACGACCAGAUCUCGCUCCUGAAAGGGGCCACGAUGGAAAUCUGUGAGAUCCAGUUUAAUAUGUUCUUCGACCUGGACACCGAGACGUGGGUGUGUGGCCCUCACAGCUACACCGUCGAAAGUGGUGUCCUGAUUGGUUUCAAGGAAAUCUACCUGGAACCGAUACGGAAGUUCCACGUCAGCUUAAGGAAGCUGAAUCUGCAUGACGCUGAAUAUGUUCUCUUACAAGCUUUGGUGCUCUUCUCUCCCGAUGACGUGACGGUCAUGCAGCAAGAGGCCGUGGACCAGAUCCAAGAGAGAAUUGCGCUCGCCCUCAAAAGCUACAUCGACCACUGCCACCCUCUGCCCGAAGGCAGGUCCCUCUAUGCCAAACUUCUCCUGCUGCUGACGGAGCUACGGACCCUGAAAGUGGAGGGCACGCGCCAGAUUCAUCAUAUCCACAACAGAGAAGGCUUAAUCUCUAUGACACCACUGCUUUCAGAAAUUAUCAGCUGAAUGCUUCAGGAUGGUCUGGUUUUCUUGCUUUGUCAGUUGCAUCACCUUACAAACAUCAAAAUUGUGCUCACCUGGACAAAAAAGGCCCGGCUGGCGGGCUUCCUGUCAUGGACAGGCCUAACUUCCCAGUAAAGAUCAAGGCAUCCUUUUUUCCCGAUGAAGCCUAGAAGCUGAGCUUUCUCUCUGGGUGGUCACUGGGUGUCUGUAAGGUCUGGGUUCUGCAGAUGGGGGCUCCAGACAAGGAGGAGCAUGGGAUUUGUAGUUCCAAAAAUCUGAAAUGCACGCCCCAAAUCCUUCUGCUUCCAAAGACGUCUGCUGUGUUGUUGGACCAACAACUCCCAUCAAGCUGAGGCCACCAUGGUUGACUGGUGAAGGUUGCUGGAAGGAGUCGUUCAACCACAUCCAGAGAUCCAGGAACAGCCCACUACUGGUGUGGCGACAUGGGGAGAGGUCUGCUCAGGAAGAUGGGCUAUAGAACCUUUUUGCAGAAUCCUAAAGUUGAAAUGCUGAGACGAGGGAACCUUGUGUCCGAUGCCCUUUUGAGCUGGGGAUCUCUUGGCACGUUAAAAGACUAGCAAAUUUUACUUGGCUGAAGCCUUCAUGGAUUCUAGCCUAUUUCUCCAUACUC